AUGAAGGCAACAUACCAAAUUAUAAUAGUAUAUUCGACCAAGCUGCAAACUCCUUUUCUCUUACAUUAUGAGCGAGGCCAUCUCAACCCUGAUUCCAAGCCUCGACGUUAUCGUUUACCAAAGAAGCAGGAAAGAAUUAUCUUAGUGCGUUCAUUGCUGAAUUGGUUUUGUAUGUGA